AUGUCCAAUCCUCUCGUCCAGCCGAGUGCAAAGGUGCCUCAAACGGAGUGGUCUUCGCUGUAUGAACAGCCGGAAAGCAAAUCAUCCACUGCCUCCAAUGUAUUGUUACCACCCUCGAGCAAGCUUGCCAACCCGAGUCCCCUAGGUCUCUUCGGGUUUGCAGUCACAAGUUUCGUGGUAGGGUUGUAUAACUGCGGUGCAGGGCUUCCCGGCUCCAACCCACGAGGCAGCGUUGGACCAGAUCAGGCUGCCUUUGGCCUUGCUCUAUUCAUGGGAGGCAUGAUCCAAAUUAUUGUUGGGAUAAUGGAGUUCCGAGUCGGAAAUACAUUAGGCACCACGAUUCAUUCCUCGUACGGCGCAUACUGGAUGGCGUAUGCAAUGCUCAAAAUUCCCGGAUUGCACAUACAAGAGGCGUACGGAGACGAACGGGCGUACACAUUCGCACUUGGCAUAUUCCUCAUCAUAUGGGUACUGUUGACGAUUGUUUUCAUGAUUGCGUCGCUGCGCUCCAACGUCUGUGCCCUCCUUGUCUUUGUCUUCCUUGCAUUGACAUAUCUAUUCCUGGCCAUCGCCAACUUUAUUGCAACAUCACACCCCAAGCAGAGUGUUCAGGUGAAUAAGGCUGGCGGCGCAAGCGGCGUGAUAUGUGGGAUGCUUGCAUUUUACUGUGCGGCUUCUGGAUUAAUGUCGCCAGAGAUGACUCCUGUUAGGCUUCCACUUGGCCCUGUUCCAUGGAGUAAGGAGCAUAUUGUGUGA